GGUGGGGGUGGUGGGGUAGCAAGUUGAAACCUAAGCUCUCUGAACCCUGUUUUCCCUGCCUUGGGGCAUUCUGUGGCUGGUAAAAAUAUGUGCUGUAUAUUUGAAGUGUUAGAUCACGUGACAAAGGCAGGGUUUGUGAAUCAAAGUACACAAUGAUUUCAAGAGGAGCGAGAGAAAGAGAGAAGGAGGGUGUAUGUUAGUGAGAGGGAGGCGGAAUGCAACAGGCUGAGCUCUGUCGAGACGGACCUCUGAUUCCUAAAUGCAACUAGCAGUCUUCUUCUCAGCUCUUCUCCCUCUUUGCUGAUUUCUCCUCUCUGAGCUUCGCUCUGUUUUUCGGCCACAUUCCAUCUCUGAAUCUGGAUCUGGAUGCUAAACACUUCCUGGGCUUCCUCCAGGUUUCUUUUCCUCGCCUGCAAGUCGUCUGUGGUGCACCAGGAGAGCGGUCAUUGGGGCUGGAUGGCAGUGCCUUGUUACAGAAUCACUCCUGAUUUUCCUUGAACAACCAGCCACAUUUUUUCUUCGCAAUGGCAACAAACAGAGAACACCAAGUGCGUCACAUGGCGGGCUUUCCUCGCGCCAUGUACCCGUUCACCUUUAACUCCAUGAAGGGCCACUCUCCUUUUGACCUGCUGGCCAGCACUCAUCUUUUCAGCCGGUUUGGAGCUGACCUGCCCAAAGAAAUGGCUGCUUUAUCGGUGGAGACGCAGAGCACCAGUUCAGAGGAGAUGGUGCCCAGCUCUCCCUCUCCUCCUCCUCCUCCCCGGGUCUACAAGCCCUGCUUUGUGUGCCAGGACAAGUCAUCUGGUUAUCACUACGGAGUGAGCUCCUGCGAAGGCUGCAAGGGUUUUUUCCGGCGCAGCAUCCAGAAGAACAUGGUCUAUACGUGCCACCGAGACAAGAACUGCCAGAUCAACAAAGUGACUCGUAACCGCUGUCAGUACUGUCGGCUGCAGAAGUGCUUUGAGGUCGGCAUGUCCAAAGAAGCGGUGCGUAAUGACAGAAACAAGAAGAAGAAGGAUGUGAAGGAGGAGAUCGUGCUGCCAGAGAACUACGAGCUCAGUGGAGAGCUGGAGGAGCUGGUUAACAAAGUCAGCAAAGCCCAUCAAGAAACCUUCCCGUCUCUGUGCCAACUAGGAAAAUACACCACAAAUUCCAGUGCAGAGCACAGAGUCCAGCUGGACUUGGGCCUUUGGGAUAAGUUUAGUGAACUCUCCACCAAAUGCAUCAUAAAGAUCGUGGAGUUUGCCAAGCGGCUACCGGGCUUCACUACGCUCACCAUCGCGGACCAGAUCACUCUCCUGAAAUCUGCCUGCCUGGACAUUCUGAUGUUGAGGAUAUGCACUCGCUACACUCCAGAGCAAGACACCAUGACCUUCUCCGAUGGCCUGACCCUCAACAGAACCCAGAUGCACAACGCCGGCUUCGGCCCUCUCACAGAUCUGGUGUUCGCCUUCGCCGGCCAGCUGCUGCCUCUGGAAAUGGACGACACAGAGACAGGGCUGCUCAGCGCAAUCUGCCUCAUCUGUGGAGAUCGAAUGGACCUGGAAGAGCCUGAAAAGGUGGACAAGCUGCAGGAGCCUCUGUUGGAGGCCCUGAAGAUCUACACGCGCCGCAGACGCCCAAACAAACCUCACAUGUUUCCCCGCAUGCUGAUGAAGGUCACAGACCUCAGAGGAAUCAGCACCAAAGGUGCAGAAAGAGCCAUAACCCUGAAGAUGGAGAUCCCGGGCCCCAUGCCGCCGCUCAUCAGGGAGAUGCUGGAGAACCCGGACGUCUUCGAGGACAGCAGCGACUCCAGCGACAGCGCCGCCGCUCCUCCGCCCGCCGUUCCCGCCAUCAAGCAGGAGGAGAAGCCCACCUACGAGUCUGCGUUCGAGGAGGAGGAGGAAGACGAUGACUAUUGGGACGAGGAGCGAGAACGCGGGGCAGACAGUGAUGGAGAGCAGUGGGGGGUGGCGGCGGCGAGCGCGCAGAAGAAGGUGGCGACAGGGAAAACGCAGUGAGACACCAGAGCUCAGACUCAUCUCCCAAAAAAUGACAGAUUUAGGUUCCUGACGACCUAAACGAUGUUUUUAUCGACCUGUACAUAGAGACUUGAAUCCAGGUUAGGAACUAAAGAUUCAAAGUAAAUCCCUGCAUUUCAGUGGAUGGAUGAGGGCAGCCUUAAAGAAACGUUGAGCCCCCAACUGUUUUUAUACCAUUUUUCAGUGUUUCCAGAGACAAACUAAAGAUGCACUGCUUUGCUUUACAUUAAGGGCUAUGCUUUGUAUAAAAUUGAUAUGAAUGCAUGUGAACUCUGACAUGUCCAUGUGCCAUAAACAUUCUCCAAAUGUACUUCUUCUUAGUUAUGCAACUUAGUUUUUUCAUAUUUUCUAAGCAUGUAGACUCUUACUCUUGUGUAUGUUUGUUGUGUUUAUGAAACAUUUCUACGUUUUUUGGGCAGAAACGCAGUUUCAGACAAAAUAUCAGGGAGACUCAGAUUAGCGAAAAAUGACAAAAUCCUGAUUAUAAUCUGAUCUCCUGGAGUAAAAGAGAGGAGCUGCUACUCAGGUUAACCUCACCUGCUUGGAGCAGAGAAGGUUUCUCUUUGGUAGCUGCUCUCAAGACUAAAACUAAAAUCCAAACAAUCCUCAGGUUUGUGUGUGUGUCUACUAAAGCACAGACGGUUUUAAUUAAUGCAAACUCACAGGAAGUGGCCAUCAGCAGGUAGAAACAAACAAUAAGUUCUUUUAUAACCAGAUUCACAAACGAGAACAUUUUCUUGCGCAAAUUAGGCUUUUUACGACUGGAAAUUUAUGAGAAAAUGUGAAUAUUUUCUAAAUUUCUAAAGCUUUUACAAUUCACUAAGAUGGUCUAUAAGUGUGCUAAACAGAUCCUCAUUCAAAAUGAAUCAGUUUAUAGAAACAUUACAGUAAAUGUUGCACUUUUAUUUUACUAUUGAUUUUUGGGUCAUUUUUGGGUCAUUUUCGGCGAAUUUAAAGACAGAAAUUGACUAAAUGUUUUUUAUUUAUUGGGAUUUUGUAGCUAUGGAAGAAAAACGUUACAACCCUCCUCCUCUUCCGCCUCAGUUAACCCUUUAACGGCGGCGCUUCAGUGUUUAUGUUCUUUGAUUUACUGUAAUUUUUUUACAUUUUUUACACAAUCAACGCCGCUUUUCUCCUUCACAAUCUGCUGGAAUGACGUUGAUUGUAAUAAAAAUGAUUGUGUUACCAGUUGAAAAGUUACAGUAUGUUAAAGAUUUUGUGUUUGAACGUCACCGAUGACGCCUCAAGUGUUAAGGGGUUGCAAACGAUUGAAUUGAACAAUUGAAAUGUUUCCUCGUCAUUUUUUGUCUUCCCAAUAUGUCAAAUGAGUCAGAUUUUUUUGGAAAAAUCUUUUUCUUUAUGCAAUUUUUUUUUUUUUUUUUUACCAGAUUUGAGUUGGUGCAAUAAAAAAGCUUUUUAACCAAUGUUUCAACUUCACACGCAACAUAAAGAGAAGACCAAAGAUCCUUUUUUUAUGUAAAUACAAUGAUUUUGUGUUUAGCAAAUGCAAUUUUUUAUGAGGCUGAAGCUGGAUGCAUCUCCUUAUUUCACAUAUUUUCUUUAAGUUACAUUUUGUAAGCGUUUAAGUUAGCUUUUUCUUCAUGUUCAGGGAUUCAAACGCGUCGUGAGUCUUCAGAAUUCAACUCUGAUCGGUCUGAAACUCCCACAGCUGAUCUAGUUUCUCAAUCGUUGUAAGUUAAAGCGGUUUUGCUUAUUUUUUGCAUAUAUGUUUUGUGUUGUUUCUUGUAUCCUGAUAAAGGUGUCCUUUGUUCUAAAUCCAAAUUGUUUUUUUUCUUUCAUUGCACAAAAAUGUGUGCAGAAAUUCAUUGUUCAGGAUUUCUGAUAAAUUAUAUAAAACAUUU